CAGCUGCUUGAACAAUCUCACAAAACGUAGAGUUCUGGAGUAAUUGACAUGCAGUAAACUUCAAACAUGAGAAUCUUUCUGCCAUGGACUAGAAUCUUUUAGUUUUAUCAUUAAAUGUGUUGAAUUGUAAUCUUUGAACUGACGCCAGCAAAGGAGCACCCGACCCAGGAUUUUAACCUGUUUGAAAACCUUUGAUUUUACCAUCAGUUGCUGUUUCUUCAAAUAUGAGAGAGAAGAUGGAAUUCACAGAAAUCAUUUUGGAAGACCACAGGAGAGAGGAGAGUAAGACAGAUUUUGUUAACGCAGCCUACCAGCCUGACAAUACAAUCGAAGAACAAGAGGAUCAAGAACCUGGAAAAUAUAUGAAAGCUAAUCCACUGAAUAGAUCAGUGAAUGGUUCCAGGGAAGCACUCACUGGGAGAACUGGCUCAUGCUCAAGUCUGGUGUGGCUCUUUCUCAUCGGGGCUGCAAUUUUGACUGUCCUGGCGGUCGGUGGGAGUUUGAUCACCUUCAGCGUCCAAUAUAUUACGCAGGAAUCAUCAGAGAAUCAAUCUGAGGAAAUGAUCAUUCCCCAAAAUGAUGGUAACAAGCCUUUCAUCAGCCUCUUUACAGUCUCUUCCAUUGUUGUGACCACCAGCUCCAACAAUGUGAUCGAGGAGACUCCUAAUGUUUCAGAGGUUAUUGCAGCAUCCCAGAACUUAACACCAUCACCGUUGUGUGGUGGGAUUUUUCAAGAUCCUAAGGGUUCAUUUUCCAGCCCCCGUUAUCCAGCCCAAUAUCCGGCAAAUCUGCUUUGUGUUUGGCAGAUUAUGGCAGAACCGGGCUACGUGAUCCAAUUUAAAAUCGACUCAAUGAACAUCGAAGGGCAGGCGCCGUGUCAUUUUGACUGGCUUGAUCUUCAUGAGGAGACGGAGAAUGGGCAUCACUCUCACCAGAUAGCAAGGUUAUGUGGGAAUGUUGUACCUCCUACUGUCAAUACCAACACUAGUCGGCUUAAAGUUUCUUUUGUGUCAGACGCAAGCGUUGGUGGACGUGGUUUCACAGCACGGUACUGGAUAAUUGCAUCAAGUGACAAGAGCUGCGCAUGGGAUGAGUUUCUGUGUGAUGAUGGUCGCUGUCUUUUCACCAUCUUUAACUGCAACAACUUUUAUGAUUGUUUGGACAAGACUGAUGAGCUGAACUGUGCUGAUCAUCGACAUGAUUGCGGUGGGAUUUUGACUGAUCUGGAAGGGUCUCUGGCCACUCCGAAACAUCCUGAGCUGUAUCCACACAGGCAAGUGUGUGUGUGGCACAUCACAGUUCCUCAGGGUCAUGUAAUUCAGUUGCUAUUCCACAACUUUAGCCUGGAGCUUGCUGCUGACUGUCGAUAUGACUUUGUGGAGGUACAUGGCCAGCUUAGCAGCAGUCCCAGCAGCCUUAUGGGCAGAUACUGUGGGCACUCACUCCCUCCGAUUCUGACAUCCUCCCGACACGAGAUGCUUGUUCUUUUUGUUGCUGAUGAGGAAGAAUCAGAUGUGGGAUUUGUUGCCACCUACCAAGCAAUAAACAAGAGUGAGGCAACAUGCAGCCCUCAUGAAUUCAGAUGUGUAGAUGGGCAGUGUGAAGCGAUGCAGUGGGUGUGUGAUGGUUGGAAUGACUGCUCAGAUGGGAGUGAUGAGAUGAACUGCAGUGGUGUUGCUGACCUCUCUUAUGAAACUGAUUGUCAGAAGAUAGAGGUGGAGAUGUGUCAAGGACUCGGUUAUAAUGAGACUUUGUUCCCCAAUAUUUGGCUUGGAAUUGCAGAUCAGAGAAGUGCUAUUUCUACCCUGAAGGACUACAAGCUUCUGACUGAGUUGGUUUGCUAUGAGAAUCUCCGCCUAUUGACCUGCAGCAUCUUUGUGCCUAAAUGUGUAAGGGAUGGUGGAGUAGUGCCACCUUGCCAGUCCCUCUGCCAAUCUGCUGAGAAACAGUGUCAGCAUUCACUCGAGUCUCUGGACAUAAUGUGGCCUUUCAACUGUAACCUUUUCCCAGACUCUGAUGACCCAAUUGAAUGUGUCAGACCAUUGAGAUAACCCACCAUUUCAAUCCAGACCUGUAGCUACUGGUCAUCUUACUCUGCUAAUGUCAGUAUCUAGGAGACUGCAUGAACAAAUCUGAA